UUUUCACUUUAUUCCAUUUCUUAAUAUGCCUUAUCAAAUUGGGGAAGAAUUUCCUUGAUGCUCCAUCCUCACCCGCACGGCUCAGUGGCUCACGCACAACUGCAGUGCCGCACUCCACCGACCACCGUCUCCACGCAGCAGAUUCCGCGGUUCGCCUUCCCGCCUUCGGAUUCGCCUGUCGCCGGUCGGCCUUCCAGUUCCAGGACAGCACCCCAGCUUCGAAGUAGUUCAACUCUUCGAAGCCAGCAAGCCUUCAAGAGUUCUUGUCAGAUGAAUUACAUGAAGCCACUAAACAUGUUUCAAGAAGUGAUGAAGUCUCGCGGGCGUUUGCUUGGUUUAGAUGUGGGCUAUAAGUAUGUUGGUCUGGCUGUUUCAGAUUUAGAAAACAAAAUAGCAUCACCAUUGAGUGUGCUGCUUCGCAAAAAAUCAAAUAUUGACUUGAUGGCCACUGAUUUCCAGUCUCUUAUCUCUAAGCUUUCUUUGGAGGGAUUUGUUUUUGGCUACCCUUUUGAUCGCCAAAAAAAUAGCCCAACUGCUGUGCAAGUUAAACUUUUGAUUGAUGAUCUUUCUCAUACUGGGAAACUUGAUGGUGUGAAAUAUACUUUUUGGGAUGAAAGCUUCACAUCAAAGAGUGUAGAGAUGUUAUUGAAGCCUUUAAAUUUGCACCCUGUUCAGUCAAAGACCAUAUUGGACAAAUUUGCUGCUGUUGAAAUACUUCAGGGGUACUUGGAUUUUGUAAACAGAAGUGAUCGGCUACAGUUACAAAGUGGGAAUGCUAAUUCUUCAAUAAGAAUUGACGGGGGAGAAUGAGUUCAUGUUAUUGAACCUUCAAUGCCUAAGUUCAUGUUUGGUUGUUGAGAAAAUAAAUUUCUCCUUUCCCCUCUUCCAUAGACUUCCCACUUACCAAUGGCUACAAAAUGCAAUGUUUAGUUAGGGGAUUUUAUUCCAUGUAAUUGCAAUGCCUUGAUUUAAGGAUUGCAAUAUCCGAGCUCUCCCUAUGUUUCAGAUUACAUGAAAUUGGAGAAAAAAAGUGAACACAUGUAUGCAUACUGACUAUUCAUCAAGCUCCAUUCCAUUAUUAAUUAACAACAAAAAUGUUUGUCAGUGGAAUUCAAAUUCUUGUUUGUGAUAAAUCAUGAUGUUUGAUGUAGGGACUAAAAAUAAGACUCUUUUUACUCUAAAAACAUGAAGUUAGC